GGCGCACGGAAGGUUUGUUUUGACGUCUCAUAUUUAAUUUUAUAUAACGUAACGUACAGAUGAUGUGCGAGUGGAAUCCUGUGGCGAAGGUUUACGACGCCCUCAAAGCGGGCAGCAUAGACGGCACAGAUGUUGAACCCCACGAUAAAGCAGUCUGGAGGGCCAUGCUGUCCCGCUACCGGCCUAACAAGGGUGUUACUGGUGACCCUCACCUUACUCUGUUCGUGGCACGUCUGAAUCCGCAAACCAGCGAGGAAAAGCUCCAGGAAGUCUUCUCAAAGUUCGGAGACGUCCGCAGGGUACGACUGGUCCGGGACAUCGUGACGGGUUUCUCCAAACGCUACGCUUUCGUAGAGUACAAGGAGGAACGUUCGGUGAAGAGAGCCUGGAGAGAUGCCAACAAACUGGUGGUUGAUCAGUACGAGCUCUUUGUGGACUUUGAGCUGGAGCGCACGCUGCAGGGCUGGAUCCCGCGGCGACUCGGAGGGGGUCAGGGUGGUCAGAAGGAGUCCGGUCAGCUGAGAUUCGGAGGCAGGGACAGACCCUUCCGGAAGCCCAUCAACUUGACUUCUAUGAUGCCACAGAACAGAUCAGUGGAUCGGUGGGAAGGAGCCAGCGGGAGAGAUGCUGUCCAGGAACUGGACAGGGAACACGGACGGUGGCGGGAAAGGGAACGAGGGAAUGAUAGAGGCUACUACAAAGACAAAAGAGAUCACAAACGUCACAGGGACAGAAGCAGAGAGAGAGAUUCCAACAGAAGGGAAGACAGACGACGCAGAGACGCACACAGAGAUUAUGAAUAAACACUUUUACACCUUCACAUUCAAGACUUUUAGUUUGCUCUUGGUUCUGGGUUGGAUUCCGAUUAAAGGAUUUCUACUCAAUGUUUUCUCAUGCCUGUUAUGUUUUUGCUGAAUUUUCAUUGGACCAAUAAAUUUGUACUAAAGACCUAUCAAA